AUGCGAUGGUUCACCGUGACCAACAUUUACGAGUCCAUCGGUCCACUGUACUAUCCGUUGAAAGCGUUCGGAUUGGCUGCGAUUCCGUACAAUCAAAUCUCCACUCGAAGAUCCACUGUGGCCCCGUGGCUAUAUCUACUGGUGUUCGUAGCUUUUUACAGCUACAUUGCUUACUUCUGGAUGUUCCUGAACCCAUUUCAGAGUAGAUACCGAUCGUUGAUCCUGGACCGAAUCGAAGACCUUUACACGCUAAUAUUUUAUCUAUUGGCGGUGGUUGGCAUCAUGAUGUCCUAUUUGAUGCGUUAUAAAAUUGAAAUGAUACUUCGCUACCAGCAUGAAGUGGAUUCAGUCCUGCUGCAGUUGGGAACUAAAAUGCAACAUGCUAGACAUCAUCGUCUGCUGACGGUGACAGUUGUGUUGGUGGUCGUCAUAACUGUCAGUAUAAGCACCGGAUACUUUCGAGUUUUUUCGUACUUCAUAAGUGUCGAUCGCCACACUUAUCAACGUCAGCUGGCUUACACGAUUUAUAUGAAUUGCUUUGAACUUUCCAUAGGCUCGGGAAUAUUUUCAGUGUAUUUGUUGCGGAAAAGAUACGCUGCUGUCAACGAUACGUUCAGGAUGUACUUUCCAACGACCCCCACAUCGACUGGAUUCCUGUCCGUUCACACCGAGACGACCGUGUGCAAUGAGAAGGAACAGCUAGCGGUCCUCAAACAGAUUAAAAUUUUGCACGACAAACUGAAUGACGUGGUGGAGCUGGUUAAUUACUGCUUCUCGGUGCAGAUAACAUUCUGCGUCGGCCUGUGUUUCGUCAUAGGCGUCGUCUGCUCGUUCGGUCUGUUCCGGGCGUUCAUCUAUCGGAACGAGCUGUUCUACAUGGGAGUACUGAACUUCAUCUGGUACAUGUACUAUUUGUUCUUUGUCCUGUGUUUCAUCGCCGUUGGAAGUAAAAUUACACGAGAGGGCAAACGGAUCGGAGUGCUGGUCCAUAAAGCCAUCAACUGUUCCACUUCGAAUGCGGUCAUAAAUGAGCUAAACAUAUUCUCUCAGCAAUUACUGCAUCGCAGUCCGGUAAUUACGUGCGGUUUGUUCGUCUACGACUGGACGUUGCUUUACACGAUGAUUGGAGCCACCGCAACGUACCUCAUUAUCCUGAUUCAGUUCGACGUAUCGUUUCCGAACCUGGUGAAUGUAAAUGGCACUACAGUAACCGGUUCGGCAGGUUCCUAGGUCAACAAGUUCUCGCACCGGCACUGCCCCCACAAACCAACGCCAGCAAGCAACCCAUGGGUCCGAAGCAAUCGAGUUUGCGGUAAUAUUUCGUGCGCAAGUGAAGAGGGUUCGAGUUCGAGAACUUUACAUUUAUGCCCGGACCGGAAGGACUGCUGCCGUUACUGAACUGGCCCGAAUAGCGAAAUAGCGACGCGGUGCGAUCGAGCGAAGCGAUAUGGUUCCAUAAAUUUGAUUGUAAUUUUUCGAUAAUCUGAAUUUUAUGUUACUAAGCCGUGCCAGUAAAUGUAUCGAAAAGGUUUCACUGUGUAUGACGACGUUGGAUGACCGAACUGAUGAACUAAAAUUUCAAUCGAAGCGAAAAAAUAAAUGUUCGUCGAGAGCUAUAAAUAUUAAUCAUAAUAAGUAUUCUUAAUUCGGCGUACAAUUAAAGCAUAAUGUUCGGUUGAUAACAAUUUAAAUUUGAUAGUUAAAAAUUUAGUUUUUUAUCGGUUACGAAAAUGGUACCAAGCUUUGGUGCAUUAAAAAAUAAACAGUUAUUGUAGUAUAUUCUGAAUUUAUUAGAGUUCAUAGCCAUGACCAUGUAUCUACGAAUUUUACA